AUGGCUGUAUCUACAUUAUCUUUUUUUUCUCGAAUAAGUGAUUCACGUUUUGGUGGUACUUACAUGACAUUAUUGAAUACACUUUUAAAUUUGGGAGGAGCAUGGUCGUCUUCAGUUGCCAUUGGAAUGGUAGAUGUCCUAACGUUUAAACAAUGUUCUUUAGAUAACCAGAAUAGUUGCUCUACAGAAAAUCUAAAACACAUGUGUAAAACAAAUGGAGGGGAUUGUGUUGUUAUAGUGAACGCCUAUUACGUAGAAACGACUGUGUGCACCAUAAUUGGAGUGGUUUGGUUUUGUAUUUUCAGAAUUAUCCUUAAAAAUUUUCAAACUAAGGGCCCUUCUUAUUGGUUGGUCAAUGUAAAGAGACCUUCCAGUGAGUAA